GUCUUCAUUUUUGCGACGUGAAAGUCCUCGGAGUCUUCGAAACGCGUAAAGAGGCGUGGUUUUCGCAUUUCCACAACAGCGUAACAUAAGUGCUGCAUUCUACACGCGUAGUUUGUCAACAGUUUGGUAACUUUUAUCACCGUCUCGAGAGGGGGGAGCUGGGCGAAGCAACGGUAUUAUUACAGUGCGCGUCCGCCAUUUUGAUGUGCAGAAGUGGGGAUAUAGUUAGCACCUAGCGUUGUACAAGAAAUCCAGAAAAGUGGCCUAGAAAAACGGAAUUAGCCCUUGGAAGUCGCGUCUUCACACCCUACGAGCCCCCUUCACACACCAGAGACCCAGUGAAGUGCAGUGUUUAUGUGUUUUCGAGCGAAGAAGAAAGUGUGUCCAACUUGGAACCUAGCAGCGUGGCUCCUGCCGCUUCUCUUUGUUUCUGUCACGGUUUAGCUUAAGGUGGUCUUCAUGCAUCACGAUGGAGCGCAUAUUCAGUCGCGAAGCGUAACCUAAGGCUUGGUUUCGCGGUCCGGCGUGUGACGGUGGACGGCAGCAUCAUCAGCGAACGAGGCGAGGCGAGAGCAGGCAGCAUCAACCCCAUAGAGUUUUAGCAUCCGCUGGCGUUAGCACAGCCCCCGUAGACGAUCAACAGUUUGUUGGUGUUUGUGCGUGGUGUCCGUUGACGGUGCGCCGUAUAUGCGGCACUGGUGUCGUUAGUGUGGCGUGUUUAUUCAAAUGGACAAACGAAAAAUGAUGGCAAAAAGGCCUAGAGUUGACAACUUGCGCGGUCCCAUCUCGAACGGGCCGAUGCAACAGCGUCCGUUGGUCGCGUUGUUGGACGGAAGGGACUGUUCCAUCGAAAUGCCCAUUCUUAAGGACGUCGCGACGGUGGCGUUCUGUGACGCGCAGAGCACCAGCGAGAUCCACGAGAAAGUGCUGAACGAGGCAGUCGGCGCCCUGAUGUGGCACACCAUCGUCCUCACCAAGGAGGACCUCGAAAAGUUCAAAACGCUGCGGAUCAUCGUGCGCAUAGGCAGCGGCGUCGAUAACAUAGACGUCAAAGCGGCGGGAGAGUUGGGGAUCGCCGUGUGUAACGUUCCAGGGUACGGCGUCGAGGAGGUGGCCGAUACGACGCUGUGUCUCAUUUUGAACUUGUACCGAAGGACCUAUUGGUUGGCGAACAUGGUGAGGGAAGGGAAGAAGUUCACGGGACCGGAACAGGUGAGGGAGGCGGCUCAAGGAUGCGCCAGGAUACGCGGCGACACGUUAGGCAUCGUCGGACUCGGGAGGAUCGGAUCGGCGGUCGCACUGCGCGCGAAAGCCUUCGGUUUCAACGUCAUCUUCUACGAUCCGUAUCUCCCGGACGGGAUCGAGAAGAGUCUGGGACUGACGAGGGUCUACACGCUACAGGAUCUGCUGUUCCAAUCCGACUGCGUAUCUCUCCAUUGCACCCUCAACGAACACAACCACCAUCUGAUCAACGAGUUCACCAUAAAGCAGAUGCGGCCGGGCGCAUUUCUAGUGAAUACGGCCCGGGGCGGUUUAGUCGACGAUGACGCAUUAGCACAGGCGUUGAAACAGGGCCGGAUCAGGGCGGCGGCGUUGGACGUUCACGAAAACGAGCCGUAUAAUGUGUUCGCGGGACCCCUAAAAGAAGCCCCUAAUCUGUUGUGUACGCCGCACGCGGCGUUCUACAGUGACGCCUCGGCAACCGAACUUAGGGAGAUGGCGGCGUCCGAAAUCCGACGCGCCAUCAUGGGCAGGAUCCCAGAAUGUCUGAGGAAUUGCGUCAAUAAAGAAUACUUUAUGGGCCCGGGCUCAUAUCCCGAAGGUACAGUGUCCCCGGCUGGGGUAAAUGGAGGCUACUAUCAAGGUGGUGCACUUCCCGUCCAACAGGCGCACUCGACGACACCUCACGAAGCCCCUCACACGGUAACUCCGAGCGCUGCGCCCCCCACACCUCAGCCGGCCCCUCCGGUGGGUCCAGUAGUUCCACCCCAUGCUCUCGUGAGUACUACCACUAUCAACAUAAAGUAACCAAGCCGAUCAGCACACCAGAUCCAGCGAACCACCAUGCAUCAAAACCAGAACCGUCAGAGGUCCACUAACAAACAUCUCCUUUGAUGAAUGAUGAUGUGUUUCAGUUUGGGCUGCAAGCUGCUAUGAAUGUGUGAAGUGCACGUCAGUCACAUUAUAUAUGUUCAUUUUUGUUCAUCCCUUAAGGUAUACAUAUCGUGAAUUGAAAUUAUUACAUCACAGCUAAUUUUGUCGGAGGUUCAUUUUGCACAAGAAUGAUUUUCUUUUGUCUGUAUAUAAACAAACUGAUGUUUAGUAUUCGUUGAUUAGAGAGGAAAAUGAGUUUUAUGUGGACGAUUUUUAUUUUAUUUGUAGAAAUUUUGACGUCGAAAUGAACCGCCGCGUUUGUAUAAAGAAUAUACUUAACGAUUCUUUCUGUCAUGUUUUUGUAAAAAUGGUAUAUUCAUGCUUUUUUUACUCCCGAUGGAUUUUUGAUGUGACACUUGGUUUCGUGACGGAUUAGUUCUUGUAAAUCUUGUUAUUUUGUCCGGAAAGCGGGACCAGUUGCCAUGUCAAGAACGACCAUUUGUUAGUAGUGUUAGUUUUAGUUGUCCAAAUUUCAUGCUAUUGAAUAGAUAGUUUAUCUUGUAAAAUCUUUUUAGUUUUAAUUAGAAUUCUUUUCUAAAUACAUAAGUGCAUUAUUUCGUUGAACGUCGGAGGAGAAGUACACCGCGGUAUUUUUUAUAUAAACAUUUCUGGUCUUGAAGAGGAGCGUUUUAUAUUGAUAUUCUGCACAUUAUUUUGUAAAUCUGUUUAUUUAGAAAAUGCUGCCAUGUGUGUAUGAGUGAAUAGCCCAAAACAUUUAUGUUUUAAAUUCUUUAGGAGAAUAAACUACUAAUAUUGAUAUAUAAAUAUAUAUAUAAAAGUAUAUAUAUGACGAGACUUUUGUUUAAAAGGCAAAACCAGUGAAGUUGGUUUCAAAGUGAACUUAAAACAAUUCAAGGUGAAGUGCGGUAUUGUUUUAAUUUCGUAUUGUAGAAUACAUUAGUGAUAUUUGUGACUUAUUUCAGUGAUAAACAUUUCUUUCAAGCCGCUUGAACGUGAUGCAUAUUUUUGUCAUUCUCUUAAUCACCAUUAACAAAAAAUACGACGACAGGAGACGACAUUCCAUGGAUUCUUUAUGUACGCAAACAUUUUUUCAAACAACAAACACAAUAAAACAGUUAUGGUGUGCUAUUUACUAAGUAUAUUUUUAUAAUCACAAUUUUUAAAAACAUUUUAUAAAUGUAGAAAAUGGUUCACCUACUGAUUGGCUGGGAAACACAGUCGACAAUAAUAUGCAACACGCCACAAUAGAAACAGCAUGUGAAAUAAAACUGUAGGGCUAUUGGACUUCCACAAAAUUUUGAAAUAAAUAUCUUCAAAAAAUAAACAUGUUCUUUUCUAA